AUGGCUCAGUUAGAAGAUUCUGAAUUGGUUAAAACUCGAGAAGAUGUCUUAGCAGGCAAAGCUAAGGACUUCUCAAUUUCUGACAAUGGGAUGCCGUUGUUUAAAGCACGGGGAAUCAGACGUUAUGGAAAGAAAGGUAAAUUGAGCCCUAGGUUUAUUGGACCUUUUGAAAUUCUAGAGAAGGUUGGGCAAGUUGCUUAUCGGUUAGCCUUACCUCCUUCCUUGUCAGUAGUGCAUAACGUGUUUCAUGUGUCCAUGCUGAGAAAGUAUGUAUCUGAUCCAAUGCACGUUCUGAGUUAUGAAAUGUUAGAGUUGCAACCCGAUCUAACUUAUGACGAACAACCAGUGCAAAUUCUGGAUAGGAAGGAAAAAGUUCUGCGAACUAAAAUUAUAUCAUUGGUUAAAGUACUCUGGAGGAAUAGUAAAGUGGAAGAAGCCACUUGGGAAUUGGAAUCCGAUAUGAGGGCUCAGCACCCUGAGUUGUUCAGGUAG